AUGAACGAUGCUGUGGAGAAGGGACAAAUUCAUGGCUUUAAAGUGACUGAUACAGGUAGUGUAAUAUCUCAUCUUCAAUUUGCAGAUGAUACACUUAUAUCUAUUGAUGCUAAUGCUGAUGAGGUCACUAGAUUAUUUAUUAUUCUAUCAGUUUUUGAAACUCUUACUGGCAUGAAGUUGAACCUAGAUAAAAACACUAUGGUUAGUGUAGGGGAUGAUGAAGCUUUGGAAAUUUUGGUUAAGGAGUUGGGCUGUAGAUCGGAGAAAUUGCCAAUAAAGUAUCUAGGACUUCCUAUUGGUGCUAGUUUUAGAUGUACUUCUGUUUGGGAAGUUGUUAUCGAGAGAAUGCAAAAGAAGUUGGCCACUCGGAAGAAGAAAUAUCUUAACAAAGCUGGGAGAUUGAUUCUCAUUAAAAGUUGUCUUGCUAGUCUUCAUGUUUACUUUAUCUCCUUAUUUCAUCUGCCUGUGAGUAUUGAGAAGAGAAUGGUUAAGCUUAUGAGGAACUUUUUUUGGGGAGAUGUGGAAGGUAAGAAGAAGGUGGCUUGGGUUUCUUGGAUCAAAGUAUGUCUGCCUAAGAAAAAUGGAGGUCUUGGUGUGAAAAGUUUGAGGGUUACUAACAAAGCUCUUCUUGCAAAAUGGGUGUGGAGAUACACUAGAAAAAAACUGCAUUAUGGGGAAGAAUUGUGCAACAAAAACUAA